AUGGAUGAACUUAAACCUGGCGAGCAUUUUGAUACAAAUGCUGAAGACCACACACCAGAUCGUCCCGCCGAUCCUAAAGACAAAUUUCGAAAAGUUUCAACAGAACAACCAAAGACAAAGAAGUUAAGAAACACAGCGGGAAACUCAGAACAUUUGGGAAACGGCGUGAACAGCAAACCAUCUAUCACAGAUGCAUCCAACAACAAAUCACAGGAACAAAACACCGAUGAUGUGAACCACAAUUUGAAUAAGGUUGCUACUAAAAACUUUGGAGAUUUUGUGGCUGCCAAGGACAGGUCAUAUUACCUUAAGCAGUUUAAGAAACUUCCAGAUAGUAUGCUAAAACCCCAUCAAGAUGCAAUGAGGCCAGAAAACCAUUUUAGAAAUAGAUAUCAAGGCAUCUACCCAUGUCCAACAUAUAAGACAAUGCAAGACUACUCGGUGUUUUGGCGGAUAAUCUGGCAGCAAAAUGUGGGCAAGAUCGUCAUGCUCACCAAUGUAGUGGAAGACGGGGAUGAAGAGGACAGGACAGUACAACAUCUUCAUUUCACCAGCUGGCCAGACAACGGCGUUCCCGAUGAUGUAACUUCCCUGGUCGAUUUCCGUCACAGGGUUCUACAAACGCAAUCUCCACUUGAUGGACCACCAAUCGUUCACUGCAGUGCUGGCGUUGGAAGGACGGGCACAUACAUAGCGAUGGACUUGUUGACUAGAGAGGGCGAAGCGGAAGGAUCCGUUGACAUACAUGGCUGUGUCACCAACCUAAGACAUCGUCAUACGCGUAUGGUCCAAACGGCUGACCAGUAUGCUUUUCUGCACCACGCAAUUGUUCACACGUUGACGCUUGACAGUAAACCCGUGCCAACGGAGGGAUUUGAGGCCUUCAUGUCGGACUCCGAAAACGAACAGAGGCAAAUCAAACAAUUUAAGAGCUACAAACAAAGGAAUAAGUUCGUACUCGCGAUGACUCCACUUGAAGAGACCGUGGCUGACUUUCUGUGCCUCACGAUGCAAGAAACAGCGACAUGCAUAGUCGAUAUGGAGGAAGUUAAUUCCAUGUAUAUUCCCGAUGUUGGCACACAGAGAACUUUUGAAUCAUACACAGAAGACAAUCUACGACAAAAGUCAACACUGUACAGUGUCAACAGAGUGCUUCGAAUAAGCUACAAUGGCCGUGGAGGACCUAAGGAACAAACAGUAUCACACUUCAAACUUACGGCCUGGCCAGACAAAGCGGAGGUUCCCGAGUCCGUUACACACUUCUUGCAUCUUGUUAAGGCAGUAGAAACAACGGCAGCAUCUGGAUCCGUCAUUUUGCAUUGCAAUUCUGGUGGCGGACGCUCUGGCCUGUUUGCGGCGAUCUGCACGCUUCUGGAGAAAACAGGCAUAGGACACGAGGUUUCGGUGUUUAACACAGUUCGUCAGCUGCGGGCGAGACGGCCUAAUGCAGUACGCACAAAAGAGCAGUACGCACUUUGUCACGAGUGUGUUUGCGAGUAUCUGCAAUCAUUCGACAUCUACUCCAAUUUCUCGUAG